CUUAAAAGAAAAGAGAAGAAAACGCAACGGGCACGCUCAUCAGAGCAUCGAUCCGUCGCCAUCUCCAUUCUCCAGUAGUAAGUAGUAGUAGUAGUUAGUUAGGAGGUCUUCAUCGAUAUGGAACCUUGUGAUUCUGCAAUUCCCGAUUCCGAUGGCGGAGCAAAGACUCCAUCAAAUGAUUCACAAAGCAAGAACACACCCGUCCAACAAGAUUCGAUAUCACUUGGGGUAAAGAAACCUCCGACGAACUCUCCUGUGAAUCCAUUAUCUCCGGCCACUAAUGUUGCAAGCGGGCGACUUGUAUAUGUCCGCAGAAGAGUCGAGGUUGACACUUCCAAAGCUGCUGCUGCUGCUGCUACUGCUGCUACUGCUGCUGCUGCAAGCACAACUCCGCCUAAGGAACCACCAACCGUGGCUGUGGCUGUGGUUAGCUCUUCCCCACAGGGACCGUCCAGCCAUAGGUUAGACUGGGAAGAGCGUUACGAUCAUCUUCAAACGCUUCUUAAUAAGCUUAAUGAAUUCGAUCAUAACGAUCAUGUACAGAUGCUUUGGUCACUUCCCUCCUCCGAGCUUAGCAAGCAUGCUGUUGAGUUGGAAAAGAGGUCUAUUCAGUUCUCUCUCGAGGAAGCGAGAGAGAUGCAGCGUGUAGCGGCUUUAAACGUGUUAGGACGGUCUGUGAACAGUCUAAAAACUUCAUCAAAUGACAGAGAGUAAGAGAGAAAGGAAAAUGGGAAAUAAGGCAAGAACGCACUGAUGUGGAUGAACACAAAAGCGAAGAAGAAAGGGAAAUUAACAAUGAGGGCGAGGGCGAAGAGGCAUUGCUACAGUAGUUGUGAUACCAUGUAAGAGUAGAUUUUGUCGGGUGAGUCUAUCUUUUAAUUUGUCCCCUCCGUAAGAGGAAUUCAUUAUCUGGAAUGUACAACAAUACCAUGUAAGAGAUGAUCUAAGCCCCACGAGUUAUGGGCAGUGGGAUUUCAAUAUUCCUUCAAAACUCCUGAGACAACUGUGGCACGUCACUUGGUAUUAUUAUAAGAAGAUCCCAUUGUAAUUGUA